CUCUGGUUUGAGGGCAAAGCGUUUGUAUCGAAAUCUAUCACAGUACAACUCUAAUGGAUGAAUAUGAGUGAAAGAAGUUAUAUUUUGAAAACAACAUUGAAAAUCUUAUUCGAAAAUUACCACAAAUCAAAUGAAGGUGAUUUCAUAACUUUUGAUGCUUAGUAUUUUGUAAAACUGUUUCUUUCUAAAACUGAUGAAAUGGAGAAUUAUUUAUUCCAAUAUUUUUAUGAAGUUAUUCAUUCGCAGAUUGACAUAACAUUGACGUUCAAUCGACCAAUCAGAAUGCAGAUCAAACCAACCAAUGAAAAUAAACUUUAUACUGUUGUAUUUUAAGUGAAAUUCAAUUAAAUAUAAUUCCAUCUUUUGGAAAGUUUUCAGUUCUCAUAUGCAUAAAGUAUUCGUCUACAUUAUUCAUUAGAAUACACACAGUCAAAUAAAAGUCCUAUUUCUUAUUUAAAAUAGAAAAGUCAGUGUUCGGAUAUAUUGGUUCAUUCAAAGAUCCUGAGUAAAUUUGCAGCGUAAUACUGUGACUACAUAAAAGUGAUGGUCAUAUAAAUAUGUGGGUAAAUGUUAUAUCGAAGAGAUUUAUUAAAAUGGAAUUUAACAUUUACAUUAUAUCAACAUUUAUAUGUAACUUAAUUUUUGUACAAUCAAAUAUGACACCAAAUGACCCUGAACUGUUGGAACAAUUAUGGAUUCAGUUAUAUCGUUACUUACCAGGUCCAUCAAUGGGACCAAAGCUAUCUUCUGAUUUAUCUACGAAUAUUGAGCUUUCUGUAAGCAUCGAUAAUUUGGAAUUAUUAUAUCAUAAAAAUCAAUUGGUUUGCCGUGCAAGUCUAACAUUAUUUGCUGAGUGGCCAGUAACUGAUUCAAGAGUCACUGAAAGUACUUUGGUCGAUAUGGCCGGAGGUGGUGUUCGACUUGAUGUGGACAAAGUAUGGCAUCCUCAAUUAGUUAUUAAAGGUGCAUUCAGACAUGAUCGUUUUCACCAACGUUUAGAGUUGCGUAAUCUAUAUGCUGGAAGUAAUUCAUUCUCUAAAUCAACAAAUCCCACAAAUUCCUUGAAUAGAGCGCAAGCAGGGCUAGCUGCACGAGGAUUACCUAACGAAUCGUCAAUUCAAUCAAUCCGUUCUCAUAAUCGUGCUAAAAUGUUGAAGGUAGUUCCGGAUGGAGAUGGGCCAAAUUAUUCAUUCAUGGAAAGCAUCGUCGUGGAAGUUCCAUGUCAAGAGCCAAAAAAAUUUCAUCAUAUUGGUGCUAUUGUUUGUCCAGUAUGGAUAAAACAAGAAGGCUUCAUGAAAACACAACCGAUCAUCAAGUGGACUGAACGUAAAUGUUGUCUGCUCUCAAAUGAUGUACAAAGAAAAUCAUCUUAUCUAAGUGUGACAAAACGCUAUGAUGAACAUAUUGAUAAAUCUGGUCCAGAUCAAAGUCUUGGAAUUAAUAUUUGUUUUUCACAAAGUGGCAGAAUAUUACAAGGUAGUUUACCUCCAAUGCUACUUGUAUUAAUUUCUAUUAUACUACUAUGGACAAAUCAACUGGGUACACAUAAUCUUAGUUGUACACAAUUAAUUCUAUUUUUAUUUUCAAUUUCAUUUUGGCUGUGGAUGAAUGAACAAAACUUAAAUAAUUCUAAAUUAUCUGGAUUUCUUAAUGUAUGGUGUUUAAUGUGUUCAAGUUCAAUUUGUUUGAUCUACUUAUUUGUUUUAAUUCAUCAUCGGUUUGUUUGUCGAUUUCUUCAACGAAAAUAUCAACAUUUGAAUCGUUUGUCGUCAUUUGGCUUGAAUCAGAAUAAAACAACCACAACAGGUUUUAAUGCAGAGGGUCCAGUUAAUGAACGAAUGAAUGGACCAGGAUUAAUACAAACUUAUGGGUGCUGUGGAAAUUGUGGUGGAUGCCCUGAUUCAUGUACUAGUUGUGUAGCAGGAAGAACCAGUACAGGAUUUAUUUCAUCAAAUGGUACAGCCGUUUGUUAUAGUAACAGUAGUUGUGGUCUAUCUGGUGGAAGUGGUCAUGCAUGCCAAGCCAUACCAAUAUUGCAAACAAAUCCAUCUGCAAAUAAUAGUCCUGGACCUCUAGGAUUUACACAAGCAAUGGGCCAAUCAACCAACAAGAGAGAGAACUAUGGUGACAAUUAUUUAUGCUCAGGUAGUUCAGAAUCCGGUAAUGGAGUUAAUAAUGGUACAUUUCAUGGAUUAAGAUGGAGAAAUUCCCGAAGAGUUAAUAAUGUCAACUUAUUGGGUGGGGAUUUAAAUCAACCUGAUUGUCAUGUAUGCCAGUCACAUUUUCUCACUGAUAAUAAUAAUGAUAAUCAUGCUAAUUUAUCAUCAUCUCCUACAGCUGCUGCUUUCAACGUAUUUUGUCGACAUCAGCAUUUGUGCAGUUCAUCUGUAACACCAUGCAUCAAUGUACAUAACUUUAAUGUAAAUAAUUAUCCUUCAUCUUAUUGUUUAACAGGAUUGAAAACUUUAAUAACUGUAUGCUUUUGUAUAAUGAGUACUAUUUACUGGAUAAGUAUAUUUGCACAAGGUACAUUACCUGAAACAUGUUUAGGUAUAUCUCUAUGUCAAAUCAUAGAAACGAAUCGUUCAUAACUCAUCCAAAAGAAGAUAUUGACAAACUUUCUAAUUGUAAAUAGAAAACAAAUUAAAGUGAAUUUUGAUAAUUUAAUCUUUUCAAACAAUUUUAAAGUAAAACAGAACUAUAUUCAAAUACAUAAAUAUUGUAAUCCAUAUGCAUUUACAUAUACAUUUAUACUAUAAAUUCUAUUUAAUUUUUAUUUCCUUAUGAUGACAUGAUUGUUUCUUGUUAAAUUUGACCAAAAAAAAAUUAGUGAGUUCAUUUAAAGUAUUACUGAUGAAAAGAAAUCAGUAGUCUAUACAUAUAUCUUCUAAAGUUCAUUAUAUUGUUCAAUAUAAUGAAUUGGAAAUAUAAUACAAUGUAAACCUAACCCCCCAUAGUAUUUUACUUCUUUUUAAAACAUUUGGUUUUAUGAUGCUUUUUUUUAAAAUGACAACUUUAUAAAGUAAAGAUAACUAAACAUUAUGACAGGAAAUGAAUCCAUUUCAUUCUUGUGUAUUAUAAUUCCUUUAUAUAUGUACUAAUUUUUAUCAUUAAUGUAUAGUUUGUUUGUUUUUAAUACAGUUGGAUGGCAACAUUGUAAAAAUUAAUUUUAAUUCACUUAAAUCCAUAAUAAUAAAUCAUUUUCAACAAUUUCGAUCAUUUGGCAGAUAGUUCCCAUUUAAACAUUAAAAUUAAAACACGAAUUUCAGCGAAGGAAUCUGUUUUCAACGAAUUUAUUAUUCGAUCAUGUAAUAAGAAGAUGUAGAUUAUUAGAACUAUGUGAUAUCUAAGUGUAAUACAUUUCGAACAAUCUCAUUACACAUAAUUUACUUGUUAAGAACAUUUAUGUAUAAAAAUUAAAGGUCAACUAGACAGGUUAAAGGUAAGUCAUAACAAAAUAAUCAUAAUAAUAAUGAUAAAGUACACAAAGACAAUGUGAUUACCACUCCGGAUAAUAAAUGAGCAUUAUUAGGGUAGGUUAGGUGUAUGGAUGAACUGUUUUUGAACGCAUUGCGAAACAUUUGAUUGAGACUAGUCAUAAGGUUGACAUCAAGUCAGUAUUUGUAUUGUUAUACAAAAGCCUUCGAAGACGUAUACAAAGGUUUAUUGAAGCCUUGGCUAAAUGGAAAUUGAAACCACCUUUAUGCGUUCAAAAACAAUUCAUCCUUACACCUAACCUACCCUAGUAAUACUCACUUAUUAUACGGAGUGGUAAUCACAUUGUCGUUGUGUACUUUAUCAUUAUUAUUUCUUUUUCGUUAUAGCUUACCUUUAACCUGUCUAGUUGACCUUUAAUUUUUAUAUAUACAUGUUCUUAACAAGUAUAUUAUGUGUGAUCAGAUUGUUUGAAAUGUAUUACACUUAGAUAUCACAUAGUUCUAAUAAUCUACAUCUUCUUAUUACAUGAUCGAAAUUUAUCAAAGGCACUAAUUGCUUUAAAUUUCAACCAUUUGUUCAUCUAAUAAUCUUUAAUAUUCUUGAUUCCUUUUAAAAUCUUAUUACAUAAUCAAAUGGAUUGAAUGAUAUUUUCAAAUCAACUUUAUUAUUUUAUAGUCUUAUUAAAUCUUCCAUUAAAUGAAUAAUAAUGAACAGUUUCAUAUACUUUUCAAAUUCACAUAUCAUGUAAAACCAUGAUUACAAUAAGUAAUAUAUUUCAUUAUUUAUUAUGUAUACAGUUCUUUUGAAUGAUGAUAUCUGACACUUAGACAAAAAAAUAAUCAGGUCUAAUUGAUUAUGUAGCUAAUUAUUCUAUCAUAUGAACUAUAUCUUUUCUGAAUUUGCAUUUGUUUGUUUUUUCAAACUAAACGCAUAAAACAACAACAACAAUAACAAUAUCAUACUUAAGACAUUUAAAAAGGAGAUUUAUCAUAAACCAUAUAAUGUUUAUUGUUCCUAAAAAACAAUCUAACACUAUGACCUAUUUGUGAAUAAAUUUAUGUUAUGAUUUUAAUACAAAUUAAUAAUAAAAAAUUAAACAAAUAAUAUCAACAUAAUAAUUGUGGUUAUACAAUAUUCCAAUAAGUUUAA